UUGAUUUCCCGGUCCUAACUCCCAACCAUUACGUAUGUGUUCGCAUUGUCUCAUUAGUGCUUUUUUCAAUAUAUUUUUCUAAAAAUUUUUCAAGUUUCAAAUAAAAAUUAUUUUUGGUCAUUGUAAGACCAACAAAUUUACGUAAAAUUUUAUUAAUUUAACGAAUUACAGUAUGUCUGAACCACCAAAAGGCGAAGAGUUAGCUACUGCAAUUUUGAAGCAAAAAGAUCGUCCCAAUAGGCUUAUUGUAGAAGAAGCAAUCAAUGAUGAUAAUUCUGUUAUUGCUUUGUCUCAGGCAAAAAUGGAUGAACUUCAACUAUUUCGUGGUGACACUGUUUUAUUAAAAGGAAAACGACGUAAAGAAUCUGUAUGUAUAGUGUUAUCUGAUGAAACAUGCCCUGAUGAAAAAGUUCGCAUGAACAGAGUAGUUCGUAAUAACUUGAGAGUUAGAAUUUCAGAUAUUGUACAAAUUCAACAAUGUCCUGAUGUCAAAUAUGGCAAACGAAUUCAUGUACUUCCUAUUGAUGAUACUGUUGAAGGAUUAACUGGAAAUUUAUUUGAAGUAUUUCUUAAACCUUACUUUCUGGAGGCAUACAGACCCAUACACAAGGAUGAUAAUUUCAUAGUACGUGGAGGAAUGAGAGCAGUAGAAUUCAAAGUAGUUGAAACUGAUCCAUCACCUUAUUGUAUUGUUGCAUAUGAUACUGUUAUUCAUUGUGAAGGUGAUCCAAUUAAAAGAGAGGAAGAAGAAGAAGCAUCUAAUACAGUAGGUUAUGAUGAUAUUGGAGGUUGUCGUAAACAAUUAGCACAAAUCAAAGAAAUGGUUGAACUACCACUCAGACACCCAAGUUUAUUCAAAGCUAUUGGAGUAAAACCCCCAAGGGGUAUUUUACUGUAUGGACCUCCAGGUACUGGUAAAACACUUAUUGCCCGUGCAGUUGCUAAUGAGACUGGAGCAUUCUUUUUCUUAAUAAAUGGACCUGAAAUAAUGAGCAAACUUGCUGGUGAAUCUGAAAGUAACCUUAGAAAAGCAUUUGAAGAAGCUGAUAGAAACUCUCCAUCAAUCAUAUUUAUUGAUGAAUUAGAUGCUAUUGCUCCAAAACGUGAAAAAACUCACGGAGAAGUAGAACGUCGUAUAGUAUCUCAAUUACUUACCUUAAUGGAUGGCUUAAAAUCAUCAUCUCAUGUCAUUGUAAUGGCUGCUACUAAUCGUCCUAAUUCUAUUGAUUCUGCUCUUAGACGUUUUGGGCGCUUUGAUCGUGAAAUUGAUAUUGGUAUACCUGAUGCAACUGGACGUUUAGAAGUAUUGAGAAUUCAUACAAAAAAUAUGAAACUUGCUGAAGAAGUAGAUUUAGAACAGAUUGCUGCUGAAACUCAUGGUCAUGUUGGUGCUGAUCUUGCUUCAUUGUGUUCUGAAGCUGCGUUACAACAAAUUCGUGAAAAAAUGGAUUUAAUAGAUUUAGAAGAUGAUCAAAUUGAUGCUGAAGUAUUAAAUUCAUUAGCUGUCACAAUGGAAAACUUUAGGUAUGCCAUGGGCAAGAGCAGUCCAAGUGCAUUAAGAGAAACUGUUGUUGAAGUACCAAAUGUCACUUGGGAGGAUAUUGGUGGUUUAGAAAAUGUUAAAAGAGAAUUACAAGAAUUGGUUCAGUAUCCAGUUGAGCAUCCUGAUAAAUUCUUAAAAUUUGGUAUGCAACCAUCCAGAGGUGUACUGUUUUACGGCCCACCUGGAUGUGGUAAAACUUUAUUAGCCAAAGCUAUUGCUAAUGAAUGUCAAGCUAAUUUUAUAUCUGUCAAGGGUCCUGAAUUAUUAACUAUGUGGUUUGGUGAAUCUGAAGCUAAUGUCCGUGACAUUUUUGAUAAAGCUAGAGCUGCUGCACCUUGUGUUCUUUUCUUUGAUGAAUUAGACUCUAUUGCCAAGUCAAGAGGUGGAAAUGUUGGUGAUGCUGGUGGCGCAGCUGACAGAGUUAUCAAUCAAAUUCUUACAGAAAUGGAUGGUAUGGGUGCUAAGAAGAAUGUUUUUAUUAUUGGUGCUACCAAUAGACCAGACAUAAUUGACCCUGCUAUUCUCCGUCCUGGUCGUUUGGAUCAACUUAUUUAUAUUCCUUUACCUGAUGAAAAGUCACGUGAAGCUAUUUUUAAGGCAAAUUUGAGGAAAUCCCCAGUUGCAAAGGAUGUCGACUUAAAUUAUAUUGCCAAGGUAACUCACGGUUAUUCAGGUGCUGAUUUGACUGAAGUAUGUCAGCGUGCCUGUAAACUUGCUAUCAGACAAAGUAUUGAAGCUGAAAUAAGACGUGAACGUGAAGCUGCUAAUAAUCAAGGAAUGGAGACUGAUGUAGCUGAAGAUGAUCCUGUACCAGAAAUAACUAAAGCCCAUUUUGAAGAAUCCAUGUUAUAUGCACGUCGUUCAGUUACUGACAAUGAUAUACGAAAAUAUGAAAUGUUUUCUCAAACACUCCAACAAUCAAGAGGUUUUGGCACUAAUUUCAGAUUUCCCUCUUCAACAGGCCAACCAGCUGCCAAUAAUCCAACAACUGGUGGUGAUCAGCCUACGUUCCAAGAUGAUGGUGAUGAUGACUUGUAUAAUUAGUCAAUAUUUCCUCAAAUUAAAACUCAUAGAUUUAUGUAUAUUCGAAAUUUAAGUAUCAAGCCUUUUUCUUUUUUAUUAUUUCUAUUAUAUUGUUUUGAAAUAAAAUGAAAAACUGAAUACGCCA